AUGGAUAAAAAGGUGGUGCUGAUCACAGGCUGCUCCUCGGGGAUCGGUCUCAGCUUGGCUGUCCGGCUUGCCUCAGACCCAGACAAAACAUUCAAAGUGUAUGCAACAAUGAGAAACUUGUCCAAAAAGGAGCGUCUUUUAGAGAGCGUGAAAGGCCUGCACAGGGACACUUUGGACAUACUCCAAAUGGAUGUGACCGAUCGGCAGUCCAUCCUGGAUGCAAGAGAUAGGAUUGUGGAAAAACGCAUAAACAUUCUGGUGUGUAAUGCUGGUGUGGGUUUGAUGGGGCCACUGGAGGUGCAGUCUUUGAACUCAAUGAGGCACAUCCUGGAGGUUAACCUCCUAGGUACCAUCCAGACCAUCCAGGCAUUCCUGCCAAAGAUGAAGGCUCAGAGUCAGGGACGCAUUCUGGUCACUGGCAGCACCGGAGGCCUUCAUGGGCUCCCAUUUAACGAGGUCUACUGUGCCAGUAAAUUUGCAAUAGAGGGAGCAUGUGAGAGUUUGGCUAUCCUCCUGCAACACUUCAACAUUCAUGUGAGUCUCAUUGAGUGUGGUCCAGUCAACACCGACUUCUUGGUCAACCUGCAGAAGACGGAGCUUGGUGAUACAUCUCUCCAACAGGUUGAUACCCAGACACUAAGGCUGUAUGAAAAAUACCUGCAGCACUGUAGAUCUGUUUUCCAAAAUGCUGCACAAGACACUGAGGAUAUUGUGAAGGUAUUUCUAGAUGCCAUCCAGUCACCUAGCCCUGCCUUCAGAUACUUCACCAGCACUACUGGGCCACCUCUAACCCAACUGAAGGUCACAGAACCAGAUGAAUCAUACAUCAGUGCUAUGAGCAAAAUCAUUUUCUCAACUGAGGAGCAAUAA